AAGGCCUUGCUGCAGCCUGGGGAAUUCGCACAAAUGGUGUGCGAUUUGCCCCUUUUGUGUUUUCUUUCUGACUUGGAGGUAAAGAAAACCCUUCGCCCCACUCUGACUCUCUGUUUAUUCAACUGGGAGAGAUUUCACACCCAGGAACACCGCUCUCCCGGCGUGAGCCUUUUUUCCUAAAUCUUUGUCGUUGUCCCAGCUAUUCCAUCCCUGCAGGUCCCUGAAUAAUUUAUGAGUCCACGCUGGCUUUAUAAAAGGGUCUUGCAGAAAAGGCCAAAGGAGUUCAGGAGGUUCUGAGAAAUAGGAGCCCCCACAGCCUGCCUGGCUGUGACAGCCAGAGGAUGGACUCUGCCACUCAGGCUGCAGCCGCCCCCACCCCAGCCCUGACCCUGGCCCCAGCUCCAGCCCUAGUGCAGAGCCCCCCGGCACUCCCUGGCCCAGGAAGCCCAUUGUCCCUUCUCUCCUCUGGACAAGAAAUAGAUGGAAGCGAACGAGGAGCUUGUCUGUGGAGGCCCUGGCUGUCCUCUGCAAGUGACCCCCGGAGGCAGGCCGCCGGUGAGGCAACAGGUGCCAAGGUCACCAAGGGUGACUCCGAGUUCCAUCAUCCUGUCAGGCUCUUCUGGCCUAAAUCCCGCUCCUUUGACUACCUGUACAGUGAUGGGGAGAUUUUACUGCAGAACUUCCCUGUCCAGGCAACCAUCAACCUCUAUGAGGACUCGGACAGCGAGGAGGAGGAAGAGGAGGAGGGGGAAGCAGAAGAGGAGGAGAAACAGGAGGCAGAUGAAAAGGGGCCAGAAGGGUGUGGGAAGGUUCCAGGGUCAGCACCACACAGGGCCACAGCUCCUCCUCCCUCCCUGCCCCUGACCUGUCCCAAUUGAACCAGACAGAGUCUGAUUGGGGUUCAGUAUGCCUAGUAAGGCCACCAGGGCACUGAUUAGCCAGGGAUCGCCAGGCACAGCUGUCUGGAUUGAAAGCUGCGGCCUCAAGUCAUUGGCUCACCCUGGCUCACCCACGAGUCCAGGCCUCUGGCAUCUCAUUGGGUUGCUGUUUUGUUGACAGUGAUAGGGUCCUAGGAGCUCUAGGGGAGGGAAGACUUGUUUUCUGAAGUCCCCAGGGAGCAGAUCAGGACAGAGCAUGCCCGUGCAGCGGGGAAUGGUUGCUCUUCAAGGCUCUUUGACUCCCCAGCCUUCCAGGUGGUUGUAUAGUCCUGUCUCCCUAGAGAAAGCCCACCUGCUGGCUUCAUCUCCAGGGAUAUGAGAGCAACAGCAGAUCCAGGCACAACUGGGGUGCCUUCCUGAUGGACCUUGCAGGAAGGGAAGGGCACAUCUAGAGAGUCAGCUUGCUAUGGGGACCUCCUCCCUUCUACUGGGGGUCUCUGUGUUGACACGAGAUGAAUCAGGAGAAAAAAUAAACUAGAUGAUGUUUACCUUU